UCGAAUCGGAUUUUGUAACUCAAUUUGACAUAAUCAUAAAUAAAUUUCUUCAAAAUUUGCAAACGUUCUGCUCGACAAAAGUUAAAAAAAAAAGUGCAAAAAUGACUUCCGUUGUUACGCGACAAUUAAUUGCCAUUUUGGAGAAGACAGUAUCGCCCGACAAAGAUGAGCUAUUUUAUGCAGAGAACAUUUUGGAGCAGGCAGCUUCUGGCAAUUUGCCAGAGUUCCUUAUGGCUCUAUCCGAAAUUCUGGUUAAUAUAACAAAUAGUCCUGUGGCUCGUAUAGCGGCUGGCCUCCAAUUGAAGAACCAUUUGACCAGCAAAGAUGUGACGGUUAGUCAACAAUAUCAAGAGCGUUGGCAUCAAUUUCCCGAUUCGACAAGAGAACUCAUUAAGUAUAAUAUUUUAUCAGCAUUGGGCACUGAGAAUACACGACCUUCAUGUGCCGCUCAAUGUGUGGCCUAUGUGGCCGUUAUUGAAUUACCCAUUAAUCGUUGGGGCAUGCUAAUUCAGACUCUCGUCAAUAAGGUGGUCGACGUGGCAUCAAGUGAAAUGCAUCGUGAAUCAGCCCUGGAAGCGAUUGGUUACAUUUGCCAGGAUAUACAAUAUGGUGUAUUGGAGACUCAAUCGAAUCAGUUGCUAACUGCCAUUAUUCAUGGUAUGCGUGAAUUGGAGCCCAGUAACCAUGUCAGAUUGGCAGCCACAACGGCAUUGACUAACUCCUUGGAAUUCACAAAGGCUAAUUUCGAACAGGAUAUGGAAAGGAAUUUCAUAAUGGAAGUGGUGUGCGGGGCAACACAAUGCCCGGAUGCCGAAAUCUGUGUAGCUGCUAUGCAAUGUUUGGUUAAGAUUAUGACCCUGUAUUAUCAGUUUAUGGAACCAUAUAUGGCUCAAGCUCUAUUCCCCAUCACAUUGGAUGCCAUGAGAUCAGAAUAUGAUGCCAUUGCCAUGCAGGGUAUUGAAUUCUGGUCGAAUGUGUGCGAUGAGGAGAUCGAUUUGGCUAUCGAUUCGGGUGUAUCCAAGCAUUAUGCUCGCGGGGCAUUGCGAUUCCUUGCACCACUGUUGGUUGAAAAAUUGACCAAGCAAGAUGAGUGCGAUGAUGAGGACACUUGGAGUCCAGCUAAAGCUUCAUCAGUGUGCCUUAUGCUUUUGGCCAAUUGUUGUAAGGAUGAGAUUGUUCCGCAUGUGUUGCCAUUCAUCAAAGAGAACAUUGGAUCGCCCAAUUGGCGUUAUCGUGAUGCAGCUGUUAUGACUUUCGGUUCGGUUUUGAAUGGCUUAGAGCCAAAUACACUGAAACCACUUGUCGAACAAGCCAUGCCCACUCUUAUACGCCUGAUGUACGAUCCGAGUGUCAAUGUCAGAGAUACAACUGUUUGGACCUUUGGACGCAUUUCCGAUAUUAUCCCAGAGGCCGCUAUAAAUAGGACAUAUCUGCUAACCCUAUUGGAAUGCCUUGUCGCUAACCUGAAAUCGGAAUCCCGUGUGGCGGCCAAUGUUUGUUGGGCAUUUAUUGGUCUGUCCAAUGCUGCUUAUGACGCCGCUAUGACCGCCGAGGGAGAAACUCCAGAAACCUAUUCGCUAUCGCCGUACUUUGAAGUCAUUAUCACACACUUGCUGGAGUCAACCGAUCGUUUCGAUGGUGGUGCUCAGUCCAAUUUACGUAGCGCUGCCUAUGAGGCUCUAAUGAAUAUGAUUAAGAACUCUCCACGAGAUUGCCAUUUGGUUGUCCAGCGGACAACAAUUGUCAUUUUGGAACGUCUCAAUCGGGUUAUACAAAUGGACCAACAUAUCAAUAAUCACAGUGAUCGUCAUCAGAUCAAUGAUUUGCAAUCUCUUCUCUGUGCCACACUUCAAUCGGUGUUGCGCAAACUACAUAAAGAGGAUGCUCCACAAAUAUCGGAUGCCAUUAUGACAUCUCUGCUGGCCAUGUUCCAAUCGAGUGCUGGCAAAUCGGGUGGUGUUCAAGAGGAUGCCUUAAUGGCUGUGUCCACAUUGAUUGAACUUUUGGGCAUACAAUUUGCCAAAUAUAUGCCAGCCUUCAAGGAUGUCCUCAUCAUGGGUCUAAAGAAUCACAAUGAAUAUCAAGUGUGUUGUGCUGCUGUUGGUCUUACCGGUGACAUUUGCUGUGCCCUAAAACACUUGAUUGUACCCUAUUGCGAUGAGAUAAUGUCCACCUUGAUGAGCAAUUUGGUUGAGCCAACUUUGCAUCGCAGUGUCAAGCCAGAAAUUGUAUCAGCCUUUGGUGAUAUGGCUCUAAGCAUUGGCAGUGAUUUCCUCAAAUAUUUGAAUAUGGUUCUUGAAAUGCUAAAAGCUGCUUCCAAUUUGCAAACUGAUGCCAAUAUUCACGACGAGUAUAUCAAUGAAUUGCGCGAAAGUGUUCUCGGAGCCUACACGGGCAUUAUUCAGGGUCUUCAGGAUGAUGAUGUAUUGCAUAUGGAACCGCAUCUAAUGCAUAUAAUUGGAUUCAUUAAACGUAUUGCCCAAGAGGAGGGUCAUGUCUCUGAUACAAGGAUGGCCAGUGCUGCUGGAUUGAUUGGUGAUUUGUGCAGUUCGUUUGGGCCACGUCUUUAUCCAUUGCUUGACGAUAUGAUUAUCACACAAUUCCUGGCUAAGGGCAAACGUUCCAAAUUGCAACGCGCCAAAAUGCUAUCCACUUGGGCAGCCAAUGAGAUUAAGAAAAUUAAUACCCGAAGUUCCAGAGCGCAGUAAAUUUUCAUAGAAAUUUAAGACAUAUUGUUUAUAGAAAGAGAUUCGUAUAGUCGAAAAGCGGUAACGUUGUCGUCGUCGUCUGUGUCGUCGUCUUCGUCUACGUCUUCGUUGUCGUCUUCGUCUUGGGGCCGAUCGGUCGGAUGGAUGCCAGCAAGAGAGAGAGAGAGAUGAUGCCGGUUAACUGUUCAACAAUAACAUUGAACAACAUUUAACGCUCAACAUUCAGCAACAACAAUCAAACGGGCUUGCCGAUGGCAACGUCAAAGGCGUCAACAGUGUCAACCAAAAAGCUAAAACGAAAGGCUAAAACAUUUAUUGCAUAUAUAUUGCACAGCAAAUGCAAAUGAAACAAUAUUUCUAAAUAUACAAAA